AUGGUCGUCGACGGUGGUGGUUUUGGUGCAGGGCUUAGCGGAGCUGGUGUUGUCGAGGGAGUUGAUGGAGGGGGAAGUGAAAGGUACACCAAAAUCCCUGUCGCACGUGUCAAGGGUCACCUGCUUGCUAUCCCUCCCGAAUGUGGUGCUGCCACUCACGCUCUGAUCCCUCCCACUCAUCUCCUGCCCCUUCGCGCCCUGCGGUUGCCGCAGCACGACCCCACACGUGUGGAGCACCCCACCAUGCACGUGCUGGGAACCGACUCCAUGCCCUGCUUUCUCUGCUCCUGCUUCGUGCACGGCACCAAUGCGUCCAUCGUCACCGUGUUCGCCGUCGUGGCACUCCCGUUAGGGUCGAACCACGGCACCACGAAGUUCCCAUACACGUCGCCGUCUCCGUUCAGCGUUGGCUUUCCGCGGUGCGGCAAGCUCGUGGCUUGGUUCACUAUGGAUUCCAAGGUGCCACUGGCGCGAGGUUUCUCACUUGCUCCCGGCGCUUGUGGGGGGCUUCACCGGCACACGCGGUAG